UGUGCGGCAAGGCUUCAAAUUCAUCCAGUCGCGUUAACUCGCAACACGUUGAAUACGUACGUAGAAUGAGAAGUGUGAUAGUGUAUAGUGUGGCGGCAGCAGUGCUGUUGCUGGUGGUGGCCGUAUCGGAGGCCCAGAUUCAUCCGGACAUCAUUGAAGAUGCUCAUCUAGACUCGAUUGGUCUGCUGCGCAAGUAUGGCUACCCGGCCGAGGAGCAUAUCAUCGAAACGGACGACGGCUAUCUGCUGGGCGUGCACCGUUGCCCGGGCAGCCCGCUGUCACCACCGGCCCCGGGCAAACCGGUCGUGCUGCUGCAGCACGGUAUGCUGAGCUCGUCCGCCGACUACAUCCUGAUGGGGCCAGACACCAGCCUGGCGUACAUGCUGGCCGACGCCGGGUACGACGUGUGGAUGGGCAAUGCGCGCGGCAACCGGUACUCGCGGCGCCAUCGCUUCCGCAGCAACACGACGCAAACGUUCUGGGACUUUUCGUGGCACGAGGUCGGCAGCAUCGACAUCCCGAACAUGAUCGACUACAUACUGGUGCGGACGGGGCAGCAGUCGCUGCAGUACGUUGGCCACUCGCAGGGUACGACCGCGUACUGGGUGAUGAUGUCGCAGCAUCCGUACUACAAUCGGCGCAUCAAGAGCAUGCACGCGCUGGCGCCGGCCGCCUACAUGCACAACACGCGCAGCCCGUACGUGCUGUUCCUCGCGACCUUCCUGUACACGACCGACCUGAUGCUGCAGAUGAUGGGCACGUGGUGGUUCGAGCCGACCAACGAGAUGGACAUCCAGGGCGGGCUGCAGAACUGCCACGACGGUGCACCGUUCCAGGACAUGUGCUCGAUCAACACGUUCCUGAUUGCGGGCUUCAACACGGAGGAAGUCAACUCGACCAUGCUGCCCGUCAUCCAUGCCCACUCGCCCGCCGGUGCCUCGACGAUGCAGAUGAUCCACCACGCACAGACGAUCCGGUCGCGCAUCUUCAGACAGUACGAUCACGGGCCGAUGAACAUGGUCCGUUACGGGCAGCUAACGCCGCCGGUCUACAAUCUGGCCAACGUGCAGGCACCGACACUGUUCUACCACAGCACGAACGAUUGGCUGGCCACACCGGCCGACGUGGAGCUGCUGUAUCGCGAGCUGCCGAACGUGGUGAAGCGCUACCUGGUGCCGCUGCCAGCCUUCAACCAUCUCGAUUUUGUGUGGGCCAUCAACGUCCGAUCGCUGCUGUACAACGAACUGCUGGCUGAUCUGAGGGCGUACGUGUAAAAGCGGUUGUGGAAAUACAUCCUCGAUUGAUGCACCUGCUUUUUUGCAACGAAGCCUGUGAAGAUUGUAAAGAGACUGUUUAUUGUUAGCAAUACUGUAAACUUGAAUAGACUAAGCUAGAUUCUUA